CUCUCAAUACACAUUGUGCAAUGCAAUGUUGCCGUCGUAGGUUAUUAACAUGAGCGGAGGGUGCACAGCAUUGACCACUUCCUCCAUAUGAAUACCACUUCUGCAGACCCAACUGCACCUCCACCUCCGCCGCAGCAGCAACCGCCGCGGUCAUCUUUCAGCUGCGAUCGCCACCCCAUCGAGCAAUUCACCGGAUUCUGCCCGUCCUGCCUCUGCGAGCGCCUCACCAUCCUCGACAGCUCCUCCUCCGACACCCCUUCCUCCUCUCGCCGCCCCUCUUCCGCCGCCGCCGUCGCAAUCAAAUCCCUCUUCUCAUCCAUUUCCAAGCCCAAGCCCUUAAAACCCGCCACCUUCCUCCCCGAACUCCGCCGCUCGAAAUCAUUCUCCUCAUCCAAGAAUGAAGCUUUAGGGCUAUCCUUCGAGCCCCAGAGGAAAUCCUGCGACGUUAGAGCCAGAAGCUCUCUUUCCACGCUCGACGAACCCACUAACAACCCAAUUCCUUCUUUUUCAUCCAAUCAAAGUCAUCAAAUUACCAAAAAAAUCGAAUCUUGCGUAGUCGGAGAAGUCCAAAAUGGGGAAAGUUUCAGAGAUCCCCAAAAUGUAGAGGAAGGAAGAAGUAUCGCAUUCGUGGACGACGAAGGAGAUGAAAUUAGGCCUGUUCAAGAUUCCCAUUUGGAAUCGGUGGAGUUAAGCUUAACCAGCGGCGAAAUCGUGGAGGAAGUUUUUAGUUUGAGUAAUCUGAAGCCGAUGAAGGAUCACAUAGAUCUCAAUUCUCAGGAAAAGAAGAGCUCAGGAGGGAAAAUCUGGGCUGCUGCUUCUGUUUUCAGCAAGAAAUGGAGUAACUGGAGAAGGAAACACAAGGUCAAGAAACAGAGCAAUGGCGAAAACCUUGCCACAUUGCCUGUCGAAAAGCCGAUUUCGAGGCAGUUUAGGGAGACUCAGUCUGAGGUUGCUGAUUAUGGAUUUGGGAGGAGAUCUUGCGACACCGAUCCUAGAUUCUCUCUUGACGCCGGGAGGAUGAGCUUUGACGAUGCACGAUAUUCGUUUGAGGAGCCUCGUGCAUCUUGGGAUGGCCAUCUCAUCGGGAGGAGUUUCCCGAGAAUGGCGCCUAUGGUCUCUGUGAUGGAGGAUGCACGCCCUGAUAUGCAGAUUCCGGUGGAGGAGCUGACUAAGAAGUGUGGUGGUGGUGAUGAUGAAGGUGUGCCCGGGGGAUCAUCGCAGACGAGGGAGUACUAUCUAGACUCGCGGAGGAGGAAGAGUCUCGAUAGGUCUAGUUCGAUAAGGAAGGCUGUGGCUGCUGAGAUUGAUGAAGUUAAGAUUUCACCGGUCGCGAAAGGAUUGGUCUCGAACUCUAUGAAAGAUGAUCUCUCGGAGACGUUUGAAUUGAGCAGCGGUCUCAAUCCAAGCGAGGGGAAGGAGGAAAAGAAGUCGAGGAGAUGGGGGUGGAAGAUUUGGGGGUUUAUACAACGACGGAAUGGUGUGAGCAAGGAGGAGCAGGAUGGUAGGGGGAACGGGGUGGAGAGGUCGCUGUCUGAGUCGUGGCAGGGGAAUAGGAGCAUGUUGAGGAGCAAUAGCAGUGUGAGUUGGAGAAACGGGAGCAACGUUGAGGGUAGUGGUAGGAGAUCGAGUGUGGAGGGGAAGAGGAGGGGGAGUGAGUUCACGGUGGAGAGGAAUCGGGAUUGGAAUUGGAAUCGUAGUGGUAGAUAUUCGCCUAAAGAGAUCGACAACGGGCUCCUCCAGUUCUACUUGAUGAGGGGAGGCGGGCGAGGAGGGGGGAUGGGGAAGAUCAAGCCGGCAAACUCGCAGCCGAUUGCAACAAGUUUGCUGCACCUCUACUAAGAUGGCUUCUCUGCUAUGUUCAUCUGUGUAAUCACAUCAGUUAUAUUGUUGUUUGCUAUGCUUUAUCAGAUUACUAUGGGGUUUGUUUCUUGCAGUAAUUAGAAUUUCUCUUGUUUUGGGUGUCAUAAUAUGAUCUUGAUUCAAUCUUGGAAGUUUAUUAUGUUUCAAGGACU